CACUCACGUCGUGGCCGGACACUAUAGCCCUCUGUCCGUGUAGCACUGCGUAACCCUCCCCGAGGCUCACAACUGGCAGUUUGAAUUGUGCAACUGCUGUCCAACAACACCAGACAUGCGGCUCUGGAUAGCAGUUCUCUGCGGAGCAACCUUGUUCAACGUGGUCCUGAGUACAGCCAUUCCGACAACUCCGGUGGAAGCUACCGUUGUGAAAAUAGAUCCGCCAGGAGAAUUCAUUUCAGAAAGCGGACAGAAUGAGAAUGAGUUAGCCACUGGCAGCGAAAUGGAUAGCUUGGCUAGCGCAGCAGUUGGUGGGCGUUCUUCUGGAGAUGCACACGAUUGUGGAGGUGAUCUCGACUGUGAAGAAGGGAAACUUGUAGCUAUGAUCGACAAGGCUGAGUCCAAAGAAAGUAUACCGGUCAUUCCAGGGCUGGUGACGUUGGAUAAGAAGGUAGCAGAUAAGGACGACGACGACAGUAACAUAGCGCCAGAGGAAGGUUCACAAGACAUUGAAGUACGACUCGACAGGUACUUGCGAUCACACGCCCUCAGUCUGCACGUCUGGGGAACCAAGUUCCAGAUGGACCUGGAGAGAUUCUCUUCAAGGAGCCAAGACGUAGCCCAAGGACGCGUGCGGCUGCGGAAGCUGCUGCUGCCGAUUCUGCUGCUGGUGAAGGACCUGCCGCUGGUGGUGCUGGGCGUCGUCUUCUCGUCGGCGGUGGUGCUCAUCAGCUUCCACGCGCUGUGGUCGGGCCUGGCGUCGCUCAUUGUGUCGGGCUGGGUGGGGCUGAAGCUGCUGCUGCAGCAGGCGCAGCCGCCGUCGCCGCGCGUCUCCGUGGGCGUGGUGCGAGCGCCGCUGCCGCUGGACGUGCUCCACCACGACUACCUGCACCACGGCCACGGCUGGAGCCGCGCCGGCGCCGCCCCCGUCUCCGCCGCCGCCGCCGCCGCCAGCCCCCUCGUCGACCCCUACCGCGCCUACUACCAGCGUGGCGCCCUAGAGAGGGACUACCUGGACAGGCCGAUGCGGCGCUAGUCGGCACGGCACUCACCCACCGCGCCGCCGCUGCCGUCUGCUGCUAGGCCUCUGUUGUCAUCGCCGUUCUCAAUCCGAGAGACUGAUUCGAUGCACCUCUCUAAACUACUCUUUCCUGUGUAAUUCUCUUCACCUCUGAAUAACUAUUCGUACCUCCAUCCACUUGAACAUGUUAACUGUAGUCAGCCUUUAUUCUCCUCUACAGUUUUUACGUAUGCCUCCAUAUCCAUAUUCAUUCAUUAAUGC